GCUCCGCGACAGGAGCAGGCCGGCGCCAAGUUGGCGCACGGCAGCGCUCCAGUUCUUCCUCUACCUCGACCUCUACAACUGCACGACGACGCACUACCCGCAAGCCAACGAGCGAGUCCAGAUGGUCAGGGCACAACACCACUUUCACGAUUUCAUCAGCAAGCAGCAUCAGGCCGGCAGCUUGAAGACAACUCUCGUUCGACUGCAAGAUGGAGAUCACGCUGCGAUGGUGCGCUUGGAGUCUAACUUCGACUUGGCGUCUCCGGGUAUCACCGACGCGGGAUUCGCCGCCAUCGAGGACGAUUCCGCGGCAUACCCCACCGAUGCAGCAGUGCGAGCUAAAGAGCGAGAGCGACAUUGGAAAUCUCAGGCCAUCGACCUGACGCAUGCGACUAAGACCAAGAAGAAGUUCAAAGUCGAGCAGCACGUCGAUGACUGUGGCCUCGACGAUUCACGUCUCAAACAAGCCUUGUGGACCUUGGACCAGACCAACGGGGGCAUCUACGACGACCGGCAGCAUCUCGUGGAAGACGAGCCUGACGAGAAUGCGCGCUCAUUCUUGGCUUUCACUCUGCGAGCGCAGCGCAGCACCGACGCCAGUAACCACUACAUUGAUGUCGUGGAGAUCUGCGGGGGCAACGCGAGGACAUCGCAGAUGCUGAUACAUCGGUUCCAUGAGACCAAGAUUGGCCUCAACUUAGACAUCGCGGCUGGCGUCGAUCUGUUAAAUCAAGCGCAGGAAGCGGCAUUGUGGCAGUAUCUCAGAUCAAACAGAGUCAUGGUGGCAAUAUUGAGCGCACCCUGUACUGGACUAGCUGGCUGGCAGACCCGGAACAAGUGCGCGAAUCCAGAUGCUUGGGGGCGCAGCAG